AAAUUUUGGCCUUCUCAACACUUUCAUAUUAUUCCUCCACCAAAACACAUCAAGAGAAACAAAGAGAGAGAAAAAGAUAACACACACAGAAGAAAGCACAAGGCAAGUAGAGAGACAAGCAAAAGAUUGAAGUCGGAUCGAUUUUGGGUUUUUCACGUAUCAUUGACAUAAUGAGUGGCGUUAUGGGUUCGAAUCGUGACGAGUAUAGCACGAUUAAUUUUGAAGAGACCGAGUUACGUUUAGGGUUGCCCGGAGGCGUUGAAAACGACAACGAAACGGCCAAAAAUAAUGGGAAAAGAGGCUACUCGGACAUGGUUGAUUUGAAGCUUAACCUUUCAACAACAACAAAGGAAGCAUCGGUUGAUGAAGCUGAGAAGAUGAAGGAGAAGAACACUGCAAAGCCCUCUGCAAAGACACAAGUAGUCGGAUGGCCACCGGUCCGGUCUUUCCGGAAAAACAUCAUGACGGUUCAGAAGAACAACUCCGGCGAGGGUGAGAAAGCCGGAAGUGGAAGCAGCGGCAGCACGACCGCCAAAGGCGUGCCACCAGCCGCGUUAAUUAAGGUCAGCAUGGAUGGUGCACCAUAUCUACGCAAGGUAGACUUGAAAUUAUACAAGAGUUACCAAGAACUAUCAGAUGCCUUGGGCAAAAUGUUCAGCUCCUUCACUAUUGGUAACUGUGGAGGAUCACAAGGAAUGAAAGAUUUCAUGAACGAAAGCAAAUUGAUAGAUCUCUUGAAUGGUUCUGAAUAUGUUCCUACUUAUGAAGAUAAAGAUGGAGAUUGGAUGCUUGUAGGUGAUGUCCCAUGGGAGAUGUUUGUUGAUUCAUGCAAACGUUUACGAAUCAUGAAAGGAUCUGAAGCAAUUGGGCUUGCACCAAGAGCAGUGGAGAAGUACUGCAAGAACAGAAGCUGAUGAUAGUUUUAUGACACAACAAUAUCAGUUGAGAACCAAGUAAAGCAGAACAUCAGA